GAGAAAAAAAAGGCGCACAGUGAUGACGCGUCAGGCAUGCUCAUAGUUUGCGACGCACUUGUUAUUUGUCGCGGAGGGUUCAUUUGGUUAUAAAGUGGUAACAGCAAACCCAAAGUUAGUGCUUUGACAAAAUGUCUUUCCACGACGAUGAAUCCUCGGAUCUCGGACUAGCUGGUCAAUCAAAGUUGGAGAGCUUCCUGUUCAGCUGCGAGCUGUCCUCCAAAGUUCCUUUCUACACUUUCCAAGGAGACGAAGAGGAGGACCUGGAGCACUUCCUUGAACUCAGAACAGUUUGUUUGGGAGAGGGUGCCAAGGAGGAGAGUAAUGUGGUGGAGGUAACGGCCAUGAACCACCAAGGAAAGACUAUUUCAGUGCCCAUCGCCAACCUGCACAUCAGCUGUCUGCCCAUGGUGAGUCUGGGAGAGUUUGAGCUGAAAGCCCCAGUGACCAUCCGGCUCAAGGCUGGGACAGGACCAGUUACCAUUAGCGGGUUACACCUCAUAGCCUCACAGGUUGACGAGUCUGACCUGUCUGAUGAGGAUGACGAAGAUGAUGACGAUGAUGACGAGGAAGAAGAGAUCACCCCCAUUAAACCAGCAAAGAAGAAGCAGAAGCAGUAGGCGGAGAGGUCAUUUGAUGGAUUUUUGCAAAGGCCUCACUCAUUUGCUGAUAUGUUUUAAGAAAUAAGUUUUUUGUACCAGAUGGACACAUUUUACAAAUUUAGUACUUAUUCCACACAGCCAGGUUAAUGCUUAGUGUGGUGGCAGCUGAACAUGCUGUUGGAGGAAGGAACAUCAUGACGGGCUCUGGUGUUCUCGCCACUCUGCUCCUCAUUUUCUCACUGGUCUCAGCAGUGUAUUUAACUGUGGUAAGGACGUUCACUUAUAGAAGAACUGUUUUUGCUAUUAAAUGCUAUCCAGUGUUAUACUGUAUAUGAUACAGUCACCACUGACAGGGAUUUAUUGCACCAGUGGUGGGAAAACUUCUUUUACCACCAGUGGAUUCUGGUAUUGUUUGAAGAUACUGUUCUUGUAAAAGUAAAAAGUGUGUGUGCGUGUGCUUGUGCUUGUCAGACUGGGGAAAAAAAGAGUUGCCAGAUUAAAGCUAGGGUAGGUAAUGUUGGAGAAACUAGCAAGAGAUAGCUAGAUUUUGAAAGUAUCCAAAUGAAAAAAUCCUUCCCCCUCCCUUCAGGCCUCCCUCCAAAGCCACGCCCCAAAAGCACAUUUUCAUACACAAUGAGUGCAUUCGGGCUGAAUGAAAUGGAUGGAUUUUUUUCCCAGAACAUUUGAUUUAUUGAUUGCUGUUGGGAUGUGAAGAGAAUUUCAACAAAUAUAACAAAAUGCUUCUGAAAUACAUCACCUACCCUUGCUUUAAUUGUGAUUCCAGCUGAAUGGUCAGAUGAUUAACAUACAUACAGUUUAUUAAAUGUUGUUGGUGCACAAGAGUAUCUCCAUUUCCAGUUGUUUGUAGUUCCAGAAUACUGUUUUUCUAUGUGAGAUGUCAAUCAUAGAUGUGAAAAUUUUGUACUUCUAGUGAAUACAUCAAGAAAGUA